GCAGGGCAGAGACGGGAAUUCCCAAGUCGAGUCGUCCCCCAGUCUCCUUCCCGCACGAAGAAGAAAAAAAGUAAACAACCCAGUCAAACAGUGUACAAAGGAAAUGCGUCACCACCAUAAGCAAACAUCCCUGUUAUUGUUUGUAUUUGUACUCAGACUUGGUUGCUCAUGUGAAUGUAUGAGUUAACUCGCUCGUUUUGUGAUCAUGAGCAGCAAAUCGAAUGAUUUACUUAUCAUCUGCAAGCACUUUACACAUGGAAACUUGUGAUUUUUAGUUCAAAAUCCUCCCCCAAAACCUCGGAUGCUAGCCUUCUUUUUUAGUUUCCGGUACCUACAGGAUACCUACCUCGACUGCCAAAUCACAAGCCACGAACAACACAGUACCGGGCGGCACCGACGCUUUUCUGCGAGCAGGUUAUACGUACACAUCCAUGCACGGUGCAGGGAAGUUGCUUUGUUUUUACUUCGCAACCAUUCCAACGUUCCAACAACCCACCCGACUGUAAUAGUUCAUCCCUGCCUCUUUGCUUUAAGAGCAAUCUGCGGUUUGCGCAUUGGAACUAUUAGUCGUCUGGACCCUGCCGUCGGGCUAUGAUCGCCUCUUGACAGAAACAAAAAAAAAAAAAAAAAAAAAAAAAUUCGGCGUGCUUUGUUUCGUUUCAUUACAAGUUGCUGAGUGGACAUCCGAGCGCACUUCGGCUCCCGCUGCCAGCUGAAGGGGGCAACUACUUCUUGGAAACCCGCCUAGGCUGUCCGUGGUACCUAAGUAACAACCCAACCUAGCCUGCAGCACUCGGUACUCCUUGUUGCCCAGAGUACCUCAAGUUUACAUUCUCCCGAGGACAAGGUUCCCUUUUGUUCCGUUUUACACUUGCCUGAUUCCCACCGCCAGUUCGAAAUUGGCCGGGCCCUUAUCCUACCCUGGUUGGCCCCGCGGGCUCCAACAGGCAUGCAGCGUUGCGCCGACUCUCGCCCUAGAAAUACUGACCCCGAAACCUUAACGCAUGAUGUUAAGCUCGACUUCCAGGGGCGUUGCCUCUAGUACCUCUCUCUCCUCACCACCAGGAUCUCCUAUAUCCCAGUCAUCUCGCCCUGACCCAGGCUGCGUUCAACCACGUCUGAAUUCUAGUCUAAGGAAUCAGUCACAUAGUCCAACAGCUUCGGCGCCAUCGUGUUUGACGCCUCCACGACAGCUCGACGACCUGAGCAUCGCCACCACCGGCACUACUACUACUACUACUACUACUACUACUACUACUACUACUACUACUACUACUACUCCUACUACUACUCCUACUACCGAAGAACGCCGCCACCAGCCGGUACAAGAAUACCACAGCGGGUUCGCCUCCUCCGCCUGCAGAGAGGCCUUGACACCACCGUUGGCACCGCAGCACCGCAGGCAGCAGUCCAGUACGAGCUUGCUGCCUUUGGCCCUCAUCAACCGAGCUACUUCGCCGGAGCGAAGGCAGCAACGGCCUAUCCUAGCCGUCGAGAUGCCUUAUACCGGCGAUGGGAAGAAGAAGAAGAGGGUUUCGGACGUAUCAUCUCGCAGCGGGCAGGAUGAAGGGGUUGCGGGAGACAGCUUGUUGUCACCUUUGGGCAUACGAAGCGUCGAGAGCGCCGUUCCUAGGGAUGAACCCACAUCUGUAUCAACGGACGGGACGCCCAUACGGAAUAACAGGACGUUGACUCCGGGGGAGAGGCAGACACCCUCACCUGCUUCUUCAAGAUUCAGCUUCAUCGCCUCGGGCAUGUCUGCAAUAUCAUCGAGGCUGACACAGUCAUCACUGAGCCCGUCGGCCAAGCCCAAUCAGCCUCGAGAUGAUCUGUCAAGCCUGAACGUGGAGGCGGCACUGUUUUCCGGGGGCGCUCCGGCUGCCGGGGACACUUUUUCCCCAGCAGCCUACAAGAACCUCCAGGUCAACGCUGUGGCUCUCGCCCGCCGUCUUCAGAGCGGUUAUACGGAACAGGUCAGAGCACUUCGCGAACUGAGCGCCGAGCGAGAGGCCGAUCUCGAAGAGAUGGAGGAGGCGACUACCCGCGCCACACACCUCAAGAUGCAGCUGGAGGACAUGGCCUACAAGGCCGCCGACCAAGAGCGUGCAAUGCGUGAGCUUCUCGAAGAGCUGGCUGCCGAGCGUCGAAAGACGGCGAGACUCCUUGCGGCAGCCGGCGGUGUAUCUUCUCCAAAGGGUCCCCAGGUGCGUCUCGACCAGCAGGCGCACGGAACCGGUCCUGCAUCGGAGGGAUCCAUCGUCGAGGACUUGGACGUCGACGCGGCGGUAGAAGAGUUUCAAUACCGGCGCAGGAUGAACAACUGGCGCAGCAGUGGCGGUGCUGAUAGCUUCGACACCGACGACGAGAGCAUGGCUGAGGUCGAGAGCGUCUUCUCGCGGUCUCGGAGUUCCACCACGACUGACGGCCCUAGCUCCACCCUGCCGAGAUCGCCUUCGUCGGUCACUAUGGCACCACCACCAGUACCGCCCAAGACGGCCCCGAAGGCGUCGACCAGCAAAGGUAUGCUGCCCCAGCGGUCCGCACCAGUUCAGCAAAAGCACCAGUCCAUGACGGCUUUUCAAAAACUCGUAAGGAACGUGACGUCUGCAUCGCCGGUAGAUAACGGUACCGGCUCUGCCAACUGUGCAAACUGCCGCGGCCAAGACGCCGGCAUGGCAUGGGACACGGUUGGUCUGCUCAAAGACGAGAACAAGGCCUUGAAGCAAAGGGUUGGCGAACUAGAGAGUGCCGUCGAGAGUGCGCUUGAUAUGGUGAAUGGGGUCGGGUUAUGAUUUGAGAUUACAGGAAAGGGUCGGUGGAUAGCUGAUCAUCGUAUGAAUGUUUUGUCAAGGGGUUUUUUUUCGAUGACUAAAAUGGCGAACGUUCCAGGAUAUCACGGAUAUGACUUGUCUAUUAUUUGAAACUCCCACGGGUAAGGAUAGACGGCAUGGCAGUUUGUUGGAAUUAGGGGGUUCCUCUCCAGUUCUAGUUUCCUCUGCAUCUGAAGCAUUGGUUACAGCAUGAUUAUGUUCAAAGAUUAGCCUUUUCGCUCUUUUUUUUUUUUUUUUUUUGCUACACCAGCGAAAUAGAAACAAUAUUCAGACUAGAACUAGAUCAAAGCCAAUCUUCGUUCCAAAAGAUCCA